AGGUGGAAAUGUUCUGUUUCAGACUAGACUGUACCCACCCCAGAUGUGAGGGUGUGUGAGGAGGAGUAUAUAAGAGCAAGUUCACCAGCUCACUUCAUCAGUAUCGAGGAUAUCAGUCAUCAUCAUGUUUUCAUUUUCUGUGACAGUUCUGGUGCUCAUUCAAGUCAUUGCUACUUCUGGUGGUCAAAGUGUGUCGGAUGAGAGAAAUCAGCAGACAUGUGUGUCUGGUGGUGUUCCUGGAGUACCUGGAUCACCUGGAGUGAAUGGAUCACCCGGACGAGAUGGAAUGAAAGGAGAGAAAGGGAUAAAUGGGGAGAGAGGAUUAGUUGGAGAUGUUGGUGGUAAAGGUAAUGCUGGGAAGAUAGGCCCACAAGGUCAACAAGGCCCAGAAGGUCCACAAGGUUCACAAGGCCCACGAGGUCUACAAGGGAUAAAAGGAGAAACAGGAAGGAAAGGAGAGAAAGGAGAAGCUGUGACACUCAACUGGAAACAGUGUGUGUGGAAUAGAGAGGAUGGUAAGGACAGCGGUCUGAUUCAGAACUGUAAUUUUAGGAAACAGGACAGCAAUUCAGCUCUACAUGUUGCAUAUGCAGGAACUCUCAGGGUUUACUGCUCCAGUGGUCGAUGCUGUUCUCGAUGGUAUUUUACAUUCAACGGUAAUGAGUGCAGUGGACCUAUGACUAUUGAGGGAGCUGUGUAUGGUCGUCCAGCUAAUGAUAAUCCUCACCGUCACAGACAGAUUGAGGGAUACUGUGAGAACAUUCCAGCAGGUCAAGUCACAAUCGGAUUCAACAUUGGAAAGUGUAAGCAAUACUCGACGACUGAUGAUGGCCAAUCAGGAUCUUUUUCGGUAUCUCGCAUUAUGAUUGCAGAAGUUCCUCCAUCACAAAAGUGAGUGAAUUAGAGAGGAAUUAGAACUUGUGUUCAAUAGAGUUUGCAGUACGUAUAGUACGAGGUAGCUGAAGUAGGAGACUGGAUGGUGUGCGUGCAUGUCUCUCUUUGUGCCGUAUGUGAGUGUAUGUAUGAUUAAUUCAACAUGUAACUGCAUCUAACAAUCGAUAUC